AUGAGUUUCCCAGUACUACCAUUAUUAACUUCAAUUGAAGAUCCACAAUUCAAUAAUUUAAGUAUAACAGGUAACAAUUUAUUACCAUAUGAAUCAAUAAAAUUAAGUAAGCAUUGGAUACAACAAUUUCCAAUUGAUUUACAAGUAUUUGUUAAAAUAAAUAAAGAAGUUUCAAUUGAUGAAAUUACUGAUAUUUUAAAUUCUGGAAUAAAUAAGAUUUUUAUCAGUGAUUCCAACCAGUAUCAACAAAUUUUAGAUGCUGGAUUGCCUGAAUAUAGGUUUGCUUCAACAACUGAAAAAAGUAAAUCAGCUUUGAUUGUAAAUGAAAAGUUAAAAGAUAUAAAACAAUACAACAAUGGAGAAAAUAGAGAUAUUUACUUUGAUUUGACAAAUACAGAAGAUUUAUCGCAAGAAGAUGUUAACAAAUUAGCUCAAUCAGGAUAUAUUCCAAUAAUAUCAUCUUCAAGUUUGACCACCAAGAAAGAAGAACCUUCCAAAAUUUCAAUAUCAUCAAUAUUCGUAAGCACAUUAACAACAGAUAGACAAGAUGGAUUAUAUACAACAUUAAUAACCUCACCAGCUCCAGAAUUUACAGCAUUGGGAAUAGUUUAUUCAUCAAAAGAUUCAAUAAUUGCAGCAAUAGAUGAAAAAGUUGGUGUAUAUCAAUCAAGAAAAAGAACUCAUGAAUUGUGGUAUAAAGGUAAAACAAGUGGUGCUACACAAAAAUUAUUACAAGUUUCAAAAGAUUGUGAUUCUGAUGUUGUUAAAUUUAUUGUUGAAAAUAGGAAAGGAUAUGGGUUUUGUCAUAAAUCUUCAAAAUAUACUUGUUUCGGUGAUGAACUAGCCGUGGACGGUUCUGGUUCUGGAUUAUCUAAAUUAGAUCAAACUUUAACUGAUAGAUUUGAAAAUGCACCUGAAGGUUCCUACACCAAAAGAUUAUUUAAUGAUGAAAAAUUAUUAGUUGCAAAAUUAAAGGAAGAAUUGGAUGAAUUAAUUGAUGCAAAGGGUGACAAAAAUGAAAUUGCUUGGGAAGCUGCUGAUCUUUUGUAUUUUGUUAUGUGUUGGUGUAUUAAAAAUGGGGUAAAAUUAACAGAUAUUGAAAAAAAUCUAGAUGUUAAAUCUUUGAAAGUUACAAGAAGAAAAGGUGAUGCUAAACCAAAAUAUGUUGAACCAAAAGUUGAUAAAAAACUAGAGACUAAAACCGAACCUGUAAAAGAAGUUACAAAUGAUUACAAAAUGGAAACAGUAGUAAUUAAUGAUGAUUUAAAUUCAUCAAGUGUCUUGAAAGCAAUGUCAAGACCAGUACAAAAAACGUCAGAUAUAAUGAAAUUAGUAUUACCAAUAAUUGAAAAUGUCAAAUCCAAUGGUGAUAAAGCAUUAAUUGAAUUAACAUCAAAAUUCGAUGGUGUAAAACUUGAUACACCAAUUUUAAAAUCACCAUUCCCAAAAGAACUUAUGAAUAUAUCACAAGAAAUGAAAGAUGCUAUAGAUUUAUCAAUGUCAAAUAUUGAAAAAUUCCACACUGCUCAAUUACCAAAAGAAAAAGUUAUGACUGUGGAAACAUGUCCUGGAGUUUAUUGUUCAAGAUUUGCAAAAGCUAUUGAAAAUGUAGGAUUAUAUGUUCCAGGAGGUACUGCAGUAUUACCUUCUACUGCAAUGAUGUUGGGAGUUCCCGCAAAAGUAGCUGGUUGUAAAAAUAUCAUUAUAGCUUCACCACCUUCAAGAUCAACUGGUAAAUUAACUCCAGAAGUUGUUUAUGUAGCUCAUAAAUUAGGUGCUUCAUGUAUUGUAAUGGCAGGUGGAGCUCAAGCAGUUACUGCAAUGGCUUAUGGUACAGAAUCAGUUAUAAAAUGUGACAAAAUCUUGGGUCCAGGUAAUCAAUUUGUUACAGCUGCUAAAAUGUAUGUACAAAAUGAUACUCAAGCUUUAUGCUCGAUAGAUAUGCCAGCAGGUCCAAGUGAAGUAUUGGUUAUUGCAGAUGAAGAAGCAGAUGCUGAUUUUGUUGCCAGUGAUUUAUUAUCACAAGCUGAACACGGUAUUGAUUCACAAGUUAUAUUAAUUGGAGUUUCAUUAUCAGAUGCAAAAGUUAAAGAAUUUGAAAAAGCAGUUUAUGAUCAAGCUAUUAAAUUACCAAGAAAAGAUAUAGUUGCAAAAUGUUUAUCUCAUUCAUUCAUUUUGUUAUGUAAAACUUAUGAAGAUGCUUUUAAACUUUCCAACAAGUAUGCACCAGAACAUUUAAUUUUACAAAUUUCAAAUGCUAAAAAAUACGUUCCAGAUUAUAUAGAAAAUGCAGGUUCGGUAUUCGUUGGUGCAUUAUCACCAGAAUCGUGUGGUGAUUACUCAAGUGGUACUAAUCAUACAUUACCAACUUAUGGGUAUGCAAGGCAAUAUUCUGGUGUCAACACUGCUACUUUCCAAAAAUUUAUUACUUCUCAAGAUGUUACUGAACAAGGUUUGAAAAGUAUUGGUAAAGCUGUUAUGACAUUAGCUGAAGUUGAAGGAUUAGAAGCUCAUAGAAGAGCAGUAGAAAUAAGAAUGGAAAAAUUAGGAUUACUUUGA